AUGUCUAAUGGAAAUUUGAAGCCGGGACCAGCUGCAGGUGAUUCGGACAUUAGGAACAACCCCAUAAUCGAAGCAUUUGUAAAUCGGGAGAGUGAACUGGGUACCUUGUCUGAGCCACGACCGACAGCACUUCAAGUGAGCACUCUCAUCACUCCCGUUCAGCACCGUCAGUCAAUGCCGUACGAGGGAGUGAGUGCGAGGUUGGCUGAUUAUCCACAGUCAGCUCGGAUCUUUAGCGGUGUGCACGUGACACCAGUCCAUUUAAUGGGUCACACCUCCGUAAAUAUCCGCGACAAUCCGUCAAUCCAAUCAAGUCAGAGUCAACAAAACAAUAACAUGCUCUUUCAGAAAUCAUCACUAGACGUAGAAUUGUCUGAGAAACAAAACCGAAGGGGAGGCCCUAAAACCAACAUUGUGCAACAUUCCUGUGUUGAUGAUGAUGAAACAAGUGAUUGUUUAAGGGAUCAAGUUUCAUCGCUGUACAAAUCUUCAAAUUCGGCACGGAAUUACGAGGGCAUGCUAUGUAAAACGAUAACCUAUGGCAAGGCGCAUAUUUUCUGUUUGUCAGCAUCGAUUGUGACCUUUGUUCUUAUCCUUUUCGAAUCCCGUUUCCUGCUUGCAUGUUUAUACACAGAAAAUGACUGCGCUACCGUCGCAUCCUUUGUAUUUCGUGCAGCUCUGCUGUCUAUCAUUAUAAUUCUACUUGAAUUAAUAAAACUGCUUCUUCAGAGAGUGAAGUCGACUAAGUUGACAAGCCCGUACCCUGCAAAUACCGCCAGCGCUGACCUUUCCGUGCCAGGCGAUGGUUUGGAGGUGCGCUUUGGGAAAAGCACUGCUCAGCCUGUUAUAAGUGUAUUCUCUUCAGUGGACCGCGUUGUAGCUGCACUUGUUACUAUUGGUGCGGUGUUGGCCUGUUUCAUGGCCCUAAUGGAUUGGAUCGCCUGUUGGGUAUCCUAUAAUUCAAGUGUCGCGAGAAAGGACUAUACCGACCUCCAAAAUCUAACGGCGAAGAACGAGCCUAUCCAUACGGACGCUAAAGCUUUGAGCCUGCUUCGACUUGAAAGUGGAAAUAGCACCACAGAUGAACAAAGCGGCCAAACCUCACGACGUCAACGCUCAGAUGUCAGGGCUAUUCACGAUCUUAAUAAUGCGGAUAACUUAGCCAGCCUCAUACGCGUAAACCCCGGAGGGCGGUCACCUUUGGACUGUGCACCCAAUGCCGUUGAAAAGUACCCGCGGAUCCACACAAUGCGCCAAUUCCACGCGUGCCAACAAGCUUGA